AUGGCGUCUACUUCACUGUUGAAGUCAUCCCCUGUUAUUGACAAGUCUGAAUGGGUGAAGGGUCAGAGCAUCCGCCAGCCUUCUGUCUCCAUCCUCCGCUGCAACUCCUCCACCGCCGCCGCUGCUGCGCCUUCUGCUCUUUCCAUCCGGGCCAGCUCCUAUGCUGACGAGCUUAUCAAGACUGCGAAAACUGUGGCGUCACCAGGGCGGGGGAUUCUGGCGAUGGACGAGUCGAACGCGACCUGUGGGAAGCGUCUGGCGUCGAUUGGGCUGGAGAACACUGAGGCCAACCGCCAGGCAUACAGAACCCUUCUGGUCUCUGUACCUGGGCUGGGGAACUACAUCUCCGGCGCCAUUCUCUUUGAGGAAACUCUCUACCAGUCCACCGUCGAUGGCAAGAAGAUCGUCGAUGUCCUCAAGGAGCAAGGCAUCGUCCCUGGUAUCAAAGUCGACAAGGGUUUGGUGCCACUUGCUGGUUCCAACGAUGAGUCGUGGUGCCAAGGGCUUGACGGGCUUGCUUCCCGCUCUGCUGCUUACUACGAACAGGGCGCUCGCUUUGCUAAAUGGCGUACUGUUGUGAGCAUUCCCAACGGGCCAUCUGCCUUGGCAGUUAAGGAAGCCGCCUGGGGCCUUGCCCGCUAUGCCGCCAUCUCUCAGGACAAUGGGCUGGUCCCAAUUGUGGAGCCAGAGAUAUUGCUGGACGGUGAGCAUGGUAUCGACAGGACCUUCGAAGUGGCGCAAAAGGUUUGGGCCGAAGUCUUCUUCUAUAUGGCCGAGAACAAUGUGAUGUUCGAGGGUAUCCUCUUGAAGCCCAGCAUGGUUACUCCUGGUGCUGAGUGCAAAGAGAGGGCUACCCCUCAGCAGGUUGCUGAGUACACUCUCAGCCUCCUCAAGAGAAGAAUCCCCCCUUCUGUCCCUGGAAUCAUGGCAAGUCUCCAUUCCUUUCAGUACUUUCUUAUAAACUUUUUCUUGUCCGGCGGGCAAUCGGAGGUUGAAGCAACACUGAACCUGAACGCCAUGAACCAGGCUCCCAACCCGUGGCACGUGUCGUUCUCCUACGCCAGAGCCCUUCAAAACACCUGCCUGAAGACAUGGGGAGGCGCCCCCGAGAACGUGGAGGCUGCGCAGCAGGCGCUGCUGAUCCGGGCCAAGGCCAACUCCUUGGCUCAGCUCGGCAAGUACACCGGGGAAGGAGAGUCCGACGAGGCCAAGGAAGGAAUGUUCGUCAAGGGCUAUGUGUACUAAGAAGUUCCCCAUUCUGGCCAUGCAUUAGGUUGCUGAAAGAAAGGGACUAAUACCUAGAACUCCUUUCUUUUUUACUCUAUGUGCUGUAAAAGGCUUUGCCUCUAAGUUUGCUGUUGUUGCCCUUAUGGAUUGGAGACUAUUUUUGUUCCUUUUUAUCCUGUUACUCUUUUAAUGUAUGUACUUUCUUUUUGAGCCCUACUCCCAAACUCUAAUAAACCCAUUUCAAUGAUGCAAUGAGAUUAAUUAAUUUCUAGUUGUUUUGUGA